AUGAAGGUCAGUGCAUGGCUACUCAUUGCGUCAUGGCUCUACGCUUGGGCUGAGUACUCUCAGUGGUGCAAAUGUCAGGAUCUCUGUCCAACAGAACUGGAGGAUAAGAAGUCAAAGAAGGUGCAUUUUCACAAUCUGCUCGGUCACAAGCACACACUUCUCAGGAGCAGGUCCCACCACAGAAAAGGUGCCAGAGUUUGUGCUGAUGCUGUGCCACCCCGAAUUGUGCACCAUCCCUCUGAUUUGGUGGUGAAAUUGGGGAAACCUGCCACAUUCUCCUGCCGGGGUGAUGGCAAUCCAAAGCCUGUCAUUGAGUGGCUGCACAACGGCCAACCCUUGAAGAUUACAAAGGGAGAUGGCCAACUGCAGCCUUUGGUUUUGUCAGAUGACAGGCUCUUUUUCCUUAGCGUGGGCGGGAGUGGAUCUGGCCACUCACAUGAGGGUAUCUACACGUGUGUGGCCAGGAACAGUGCAGGGACAGCUAUCAGCCACAAUGCAUCCUUGCACAUUGCAGCAUUACAGGAUGUGUUUGCUGAGCAGCCAGGUGAUGUUGAAGUGGCAGAGGGGGAGGUAGCUAUAUUAAACUGUGCGCCACCAGUAGGACAUCCAGAACCUAACAUUGUGUGGAAAAAAGAUGGACUGCCAAUCAACUACACUGAUUUCCACUACACGGAGCUAAAUGGAAAGCUUAUCAUCGCUCCUGCAGAGAAGAACCACUCUGGUGCCUACGUGUGUGUGGCCAGCAACAUUAUGGGGGUGCGACAGAGCAGAGCAGCUCGUCUCACCGUGCUCUCAAGACCGAUUUUAGUCUUGAAGCCAGAAAAUGUCUCAGUGAGAAUGGGGGAGUCUGCCCAGUUUUACUGUCAGGCCAAAGGUGACCCUCCACCCGCAGUGGUCUGGAGCAGAGAACAUGGGCCACUGCCCAAUGGCAGAUAUCUCAUAAACCCAGAUCAGACGCUCCAGAUCCAUUAUGUGACAGCCCAAGAUGCUGGCAUGUACACCUGUACAGCAGUCAAUGACGUCGGUAUUGUCACUGCCGCUGCACAGCUAGAAGUUGAAGAAGCAUCCAACACCAAACAAAAAAAUCUCCACAUAGAACUGUCUGCCCUGCGACUGGCUCUAGAAAACGUCACAAUCAUAGCCCCAGGAUCCAACAUGUCUCAAGUACAGUGGAAGCUCCAGUACCUGCCCAUCCAGCCUCAUUACCUAGAUGGCUUUGAAGUUCUCUAUCGUUCCCUGUUUCCUACCAAUUCAGACUGGAUUGCAAAAAAGGUGACAGUGCCAAGCUUUCAAACGCAUGUUGGCCCAUUACGGAGAGGAUAUAAGUAUGAGUUUAAGGUUCGUCCCUAUGGUGGAAGUUUGUACGGCCGGGAAAGUAACACACAGCUACUCAGAGUCCCAGAGACGGUGCCUGGUGCGGCUCCACUGGCUGUGUCCAUAACAGUUAACCAUGAUCAUAAUAACUCCAUUCACCUGAACUGGGAGCCUCCGCCAUCUGAUAGUCACAAUGGAAUUAUACAAGGUUACCAGGUUUGGUGUGUAGAGUCAUAUGGGCAGCAUUACCAGAACUGGACUGUUGAUAGCAGCCAGCACUGGCUUGAUAUUUUUGCCCUGCAACCGGGAAAUCGCUACUGGCUUACUCUCGCGGCAGUGAAUGGUGCCGGAGUAGGGGUGCCAAGUGACCCUCACGGAUUUGUCAUUAGUUUGCGUAGACAAGUCAGUGAAGAUAUAUUCAUUAAUCACAGGAUGACAACUCCAGACUUUCCUUGGAUCUCUGGGAAUUGGAGACCUGCUUAUAAUGAAAAGUACCACGACUUGUGGGCCCAAGGUCACAAACCUUCAGGGGUGAGGAACACAAUUGCAACCAAGAAAGACCUGAGCGGCAUGGACUCAGCUGAUCCAAUAGUGAGUGACAGCUGCAGUGUCUAUGGUACCUUUAAUGUUGACCUCCUGGGAAAUGGGCUGAAGACCUUCAACAGUCCCAAGCGUUACCCCAAAAUGCCUCACGGUGUGCCGCAACAGCAAGGACUUGAGACCAUUCAAAUAUUCACUCAGCCUAAGACCUCGCCUGUCACUAGCAGGGAGAUGUUGCCGUGGAAACAGUGCAUACGGCCUCAGCCCAAAAUGGGUGUUUUGAGAGAGUCAAGGGAGAAGAAUCACAUCAAACAAGAAGUGCAUGCCGUGAAUAGUGUCCCCAUAUUACAAAUCAGGAACCAGACUGCUCCAUAUUUCAACAAACAGCGUUUCAGUCACAUCCCCGCAGAGCUUAACCAGUUUGCUGACUGUCCUCGACCGCUUCAUAAUUCAGCAUCACUACAUUUAAUUGAUGUGCGGCAACCACCACAACUGUUUCAUUUGGAGGGAGCUACAGACAUGCACAGUGAGAGCUCAGAUGAAGGAUCCAGUCGCUCUACAAAGCUAACAAUGGAUCUGGGCUCGCUCCAGUCAGUGGUUGAUAACUCAGGCGACUAUCUACAGCCAGAGUCCAACAUCAGCAAUACAAACUACCCAUUCUACAGCCCCAUAUCUACUGCAUUGUCCAGUAAAUCUUUGGGCGAAGAACAGGAUGGCACACUGACUGCACAAGAAGCCAUUCAAUAUCUGGAGCUUAAUCACAAAGUGGAGAAAUCCAGCAUUGUUUAUAACAGUGAGCUCAUCUCAUCUGCUCACACGGCCCCUGAUGUUACCGCUGAGACCCCACAGAUUGGAUUGUGCCGUGCUCACCUUCAGAGUUCUCCUUCCUCCUGUUACAGUGAGUGGGACAGCUCUAUGUGGAACAUCUGGAGCUCCAUCUCGGAUGGAAACUUUGCAAGUGCCCGCACAAGCCUUAUCAGCUCAGUGGACAGCUGCUACACUAAUGCCAGUUCCAACUUUGCCCACUUUCUGGCGGCGGAGUCGGUCUCUGGAGCUUCUUUGUCAGACUUUUCCCCACCAGCCUCCCCCCUCAGCGCCCUGUAUCCAUCAUUUUGUGCCAAGGGCAACCCAUUCAAAGAGAUGGAAACUGUUCCUGCGUGGGACUGGAGCGUGAACUGGAUAGAGGAAAUGGAGGUUCAGUAUAAAGCCCAGUUUUCUGGCAGAAAUAAUAAACCUUUUAAUGGUUAG